CACAUCGGCUGUUGCAAAUCCGGGAGGGAGCACAAGAGUGAGCGCCGAGUCAGUCCCGGUGGCGGUCGGUGACCUUCGCUCUGCCCCGCGACUCCCGGCGGGGACGUUCUGCACUGGGAGGGGGAUUCGUUCCCAUCCCGGCUGUCUCCGUGGGGUGAGCGCUUCAAGCUCGGAAGUUCAGCGUGGAGAAGAGCAGGCCCCGGGGAGAUUCUUAGAGCGCCUUCCAGCGCCUGAAGGGACUCCAGGGGAGCUGAAGAGGAACUUUGGACAAGGAUCUGGAGGGAAAGGACAAGGAGAAUGGCUUCCCACUGCCAGAGGGCAGGGAUAGAUGGGAUACUAGGAACGAAUUUCUCCCUGUGAGGGUAGUGGGGGCCUGGCUCAGGUUGCCCAGGGAGACUGUGGCUGCUUCAUCCCUGGAAGUGCCCAAGGCCAGGUUUGACGGGGCUUGUAGCCACUUUGGACAGUGGAAAGUGUCCCUGCCCAUGGCAGGGGAUGGAAUGAGAUGACGUUAAACUUUCUUCGCACGCAAACCAUUCUGAGACUGUAUGAUUGUAUUUAGAUAUUUGGUAAAAUUCACUAUGGUUAAUGGAAGUGGGAGCCCCCUGAGCACUCCAGUGAAUGUGCUGUUUGUCAUUAACGUGGAUUUUAGUUACGGCUCUAAUGCUGUGCUGUCACAGAACUGAACAAUUCGUCGUGCUGAUCGCAGCACCCAAACCUCCUCUUGGCCUGGAGGGAGCUGCUGCUGUGAGGAUGUGGGCUUACCUGCACAUCAGCAGUUGAUUGGUUUGGAUCCCCACAACCCCAAGAAGAAGCAGGACCUAGACAAGCUUUAUGAUCUAAAAGCUAAAGCCCAACAGAUUAUGAACCAGUUUGGCCCUUCUGCCUUGAUCAACCUCUCCAACUUCUCCUCGAUCAAGCCAGAACCAGCCAGCACCCCCCCCCAGAGCUCCAUGGCCAACAGCACUACUGUGGCAAAGAUGCCAGGGACACCCAGUGGAGGAGGGCGGCUCAGUCCUGAAAGCAACCAGGUUUUAACCAAGAAGAAAUUGCAAGACCUGGUGCGUGAGGUGGAUCCGAACGAGCAGCUGGAUGAAGAUGUGGAAGAAAUGCUGCUACAGAUCGCCGAUGACUUCAUUGAGAGUGUGGUGACAGCCGCCUGCCAGCUUGCACGGCACCGCAAGUCCAACACUCUGGAAGUCAAAGAUGUCCAGUUGCACCUUGAGCGCCAGUGGAACAUGUGGAUCCCGGGCUUUGGUUCUGAAGAAAUCAGGCCCUACAAAAAAGCCUGCACUACAGAAGCUCACAAACAGAGAAUGGCACUGAUCCGCAAAACUACCAAGAAAUAGCCCCUGGACACAGCUGGAGACACCACCAAUGCAGUUUGGGAUACCUGCUGCUCCACUGAAGCCUCCAUGAUGUCACCUGUGGGAUAUUUUUUUAAUGCUUUACAGAGAAGCAUCUAUUUUUUAUUAACGGUGCAGCAAUAUCUUGACUUGAUGAAGAGACCUGCCAAAAACAUUCUACCCCCUCUUCUUGUUCCUCCUCAAAGUGCAACAUAUCUCAAACAGACUUUUAUUUGUGACUUGAAGGUGGUUUAUUGUACAAGUGAUUAUCCAAGGGACAGAGCAUUUGAUUGUGUGUGGGACAGUAUUAGAAACAUCUGUAGAGGUUUUUGUUUCCUCCUUCCUGCCCCUACCUGCUCCAGUACUUUGUAAUGUCAGUGUUUAUAUAAAUACUUGUGUUUGUUUUACAUGAAUAAAGAAAUUAUUCUAA